GCCAAAGCCUGAACUCUGAAGUGAUUCGUGAUGAACAAAUGGAGAGCUGUGGCUUGGGGAACAUCCGAAAAUGUUGGAAUUUAAAUGCUAUGAUGUGAUGAACAACUAGCUGAAACCGAAGAUAUGAUCAUCCUCAUUCAGAGAAGUUGGAAAAACUGUGACUUUUUGUCUCAAUCUUUCAACCUAUUAUGGUCAUCGUCCUCUUACAGCUCCCUUUCGUCCAAUCCCAGGUAUACUCCACUGCGCUGUCUCCGCAAAGACGACAAUGACAUUCUCUCAACCAUCUCUGAAGCUAUCAACAAUUCCGAAACACAGGCCCUGGAUUCGUCUCUUCGAAGGAUCCUCCCUUCACUCAGAGCUCACCAUGUCAUCAAUCUCAUUAACUUCAACCCUCACUCUCUUUCCCCUUCUUCCCUCUUCUCUUUCUUCAGUUGGCUCGCUUCUCGCCCCCCAUUUCGCCACACUAUUCAAUCCUACUGCACUAUGGCUCACUUCCUCUGCAUUCACCGGAUGCUCCCUGAAGCUCUAUCCCUCAUGAAAUUCAUAGUGUCUUGGAAAGGCAAGGACUCUGCUUCUUUAUUGUUUGCGUCUGUUCUUCAAACAAGAGGUACCCACCAAUCCAAUAUUGUAUUUGAUGUUUUGAUUCAUGCUUAUAUGGAUUCUGGAUUUGUUGCGGAUGCCAUUCAAUGUUUUCGGUUGGGUAGGACAAAUAAUCUUCAAGUCCCACUUCGUUCUUGUGGUGAUCUGCUUGAUAAGACGAUGAAGUUGAAAUCAGCCGAAUCUGCCUGGGCAUUCUAUUUGGAAAUUUUGGAUUCUGGGUAUCCUCCGAGAGCUUAUAACUUCAAUAUUUUGAUGCAUAGAUUUUGUAAGGAAGGUAAUAUCAGAAGUGCCCAGUUGGUAUUUGAUGAAAUGGGGAAGAGACGUUUGCGUCCUACGGUUGUUAGUUUUAACACCUUGAUCAAUGGGUAUUGUAAAUCAGGAAACCUCAGUGAGGGGUUUAGGUUGAAGAGUGUCAUGGAAAAUGAAAAAAUUUGUCCAGAUGUUUUCACUUUCAGUUCUUUGAUCAAUGGGCUGUGUAAACAGUGCAGGUUAGAUGAGGCAAAUAAUCUGUUUGAUGAAAUGUUCAAGCGAGGCUUGGUUCCAAAUUAUGUUACUUUCACCACUUUAAUUGAUGGGCAGUGCAAAGACGGGAAAGUUGAUUUAGCCAUUAAAAAUUUUCAGCUAAUGCUAGCUGAGGGCAUCAAACCUGACUUAGUCACAUACAAUGCACUGAUCAAUGGCCUUUGCAGGGUUGGAGAUUUGAAAGAGGCUAGGAAGCUUCUAGAUGAGAUGAGAGCAAAUGAAUUGAAGCCUGACAAGAUCACUUUCACCACGCUAAUAGAUGGAUUCUGUAAGGAUGGAGAUCUUGAGCUGGCCUUGGAGAUCAAGCAGAGAAUGAUUGAGGAAGGGAUCAAACUUGAUGACGUAGCUUUCUCUGUGCUUAUCUCUGGACUCUGUAAAGAUGGAAGAGUUCAUGAAGCGGAAAAAAUGUUGAGGGAGAUGAUAAAUUCUGGUUUCAAACCUGAUGAUGCCACAUUCACUAUGGUGAUUGAUGGUUUUUGUAAGAAGGGUGACACUAAGAUGGGAUUUAAGCUACUCAAGGAAAUGCAAAGGGAUGGACAUGUUCCAGGAGUUGUGACAUAUAAUGUGCUUAUGAAUGGACUCUGCAAGCAAGGUCAAAUGAAAAAUGCUAAAAUGCUGUUGGACGCAAUGCUUAAUGUGGGGGUAGUUCCAGAUGAUAUUACAUUUAACAUUUUGCUAGAUGGACAUUGCAAGCAUGGCAGUUCUGAAGAAAUUGAGCUAUUUAGAGGUGAGAAAGGACUUAUUACAGAUUAUGCUUCUUAUACUGCACUUCUUAACGAAGCUAGAGAAGUUUCCAAAGAUCGCACUAAGAGAUGAUUGCUGCCGCGUGUUAUUUUCUGGAAAUCCUUAUUUUCUGGAAAUCCAUACUUGGUGGAUAACAUGGCUAACUAGCAAAGCUCCAGAGUUAACUGAAGCAUCUUAAUCAACUCUUCCAUACUAGC